CCCAACCAAGAUGUCGCGGUCGAUCAGAUCAAGUGGAUUUAUCGAUCAUGGGUAGUCCAUCUAAUCGAGGCUGUUUAUUAAUCACAAUGAUCAAUACUUAGAGGUAACGCCUCUUCAGCCUGCUUCACAGGAUUAUACCUGAAGGGAUGUUGGUGACUGUUGUUAUGUUUAUUUAAAAUGGCGGAGACAGGCCUUGCAGUUUUGUUGAACUGGAGGCAGUUUUCAAGCUUGCAGAAAUUACUCAUUCUAGCAUCGUUGAUUCUCUUAGCAUCAUUCCUGUCAUCACAUGGAACUCUUAUGCUGUCGUUUGUGUCUGCUGUGGGUGGAGGAAUAUAUCUCACUAAUCAGUUCCUUCUUCAUGAGAAGGCAUCAUUGUAUGCAGAACAAUUUUUUUACAUACUGGAGUCUGCAUACAUUGAAUUGGUGUCAACGUUUUCAAAAGCCAAACAAGUAGUUGUUGGCAAUACAUUUGAAACGCCUCAUUCAUCUGUGUCAUCGGAAAUAAUUAAUGAACUAAAAUGUAUUUAUGAUUCUGAAGUAGAAAAACCUCAGGAUGGUUCAUCAAUGGUCAAAAUGUCUACUUCACUAAGGUUGGAAAUGAACUCUAUCCAACUAUUAAUUAUUCGAGAUUUUGUUCGGUCAUGGUAUGCUGAUUUUUCUUAUGAUGCCCAAUUUCUGAAAGAGGUGAAGUGUGUUCUGCAAGAUGUGUUCAGUGUGGUGGCUUUACGUUUAUCCCAUCAAAAUUCCAAGCUCAUUGCUUCAAGAGUCAUACAAUUGUAUCGUGUUCACCUGACUUUGUUUCAGAAAGCAAAGUCUUCCUUUGAAAGUCAUCAAAUACAUCCAAAAACUAAAGUGCCCCUUGAUUCUAAAGUGAAGCGACAUUCAUCUGUUGAUGAAGCUUUUGAAAAUGUAUGUUCUUUUCAUGUAGCACUGGAAAAUGAAGAAAUGGAACUGAAUUACAUUCGAGGGGUUGUUUCAAUAGUGGUGUUUUCUUUGCUACAAAGAGAAGUAAAGGAAGGCCCUUGUUCACGAACACUUCUUGUAGAAAUUUUGAGUAAUCAAGUGCUUUUACCCAUCAUGCAAAUGAUGUCAGAGCCUGAUUGGUUGACCGAAAUCAUAAUUCGGUUAACAUCUGAUGAAAAAGUAUCAAGUCGGUCAAGUGUUGGGGAUUUUUCUGAGGACGUUAUACCACCAGCAGAAGUUGAAAAAACUGAGACAGAUUUUAUUUUACAAAGACCUCUUUCCUCCAUUACUGAAAAUCAAUUUGAUUCUUCUCAAGUCUUUCAUGACUGUAUUCCAGAGGACAUUGACAAAGUUUCCAGUAAACAACUAACAAAAGAUGUUGAUUCUGAGAGCAAAAAUGUCCCUGAGGCUGAUGUCUGUGACAUGCGUCAACGUGUUAGUGAUGAAAGUACAAAAUGUGUACCUUCGUCUGUGACCAAAAUGAAGAGUCAGUCUCUUUCACCUUCUUUACCAUCAGACAGUAUAGGUUCAGAUACAAUUGUUUUGAAUGAUUCGACUGCUGAUUUAAAUAGCACUGUUGUCAACGGAGAUGUGACAGUCACCUCACAUAAUAUUAGUCAUAGUCCACCUUGUGCGGGACACAUUCCCAUGCAUGACACUAAUCCUUUUUUCAAAAAUUUCAGAGAAGAAGCAAAUGAAAUGGUGUCUCAGUCUGAUUUAGACGGUGGUAGCUCGGUUGUGCCGGAAAGUCAGUCUGGAACUGAUAAUGAAUCUGUUGAUAGUUCUGGUGAGUUUCUCUUGGAUCCACAAGCGAUUUUAUCUUUUGGCCGUAAUAGUUCAGUGACUUCCCUUGAAUCUGACUCUUCUAGUUCCCUUAAACACAGCAGUUCAUUAAUGAAUUCCACGGAGUCGGAAGGCGGCAGUGAGUCAGUUCACAGUUCUUUCCCAAAGUUUUCUUCUUUAAAAAGUUUCUUUGUGGAUUCCUUGAAGCCAAGUGGCAUUCAGAACCUGAAGAAACCACGGACGUUAUCACUUUUUUCUUCAAAGCAGAAAGGAAAAGAAAGCGAGCCUCAGAAUGUUCCACCCUGUGCGCCACAAGUUUUGGUGGAUGGGGUCCCAGUGGAAGAGGCGAACAGGAAAAUGUCUUCUUCUAUUUCUUCAUUUCCGUCAAUCUCCUCAAAUGGAGAUCAUCAGCAUUAUGGGUCAGGAAGUGACUCGGAGAACACACCCAGUCCGGGGUUUUUCUCUAGUAUGAGACCCUUUUUUGGAAUGUCUUCUUCUCAUUAUGAAGUCAGUCAUCAGAGUCCAGCAGAGUUGUCAGAGGAAUCGCCACUACCCACGCCUUCCCCCACCACACAUGCGGACCACAUUCUUGACUCAAUAUCUGAAGGAAAGGAUAUAGAAGAUUCUGAGUCUACGAUAACCAAACCAAGAGGAUUGUCCACAUCAUAUGUUGUGGAUGACAGGCGGAUAUUUCAAGACGUUGCCAUUCCCAACACGGAAAUUUCAACUGAAUACCGCAGCUCUGCCCAGUAUUGCCUUUACAUCAUUGAGGUAAGCUUUUGAUUUUUUAUAACAAUAUAACUCAGCAAUUUGCAAGGAGAGUAAGGCCUUUCUUUUUUUUAUUUUGAAAAGUAACAUUGAAAGAGUAUUUUAGAAUUUCUCUAUAUAUUCCGUGUCACUGCGGAAAUGUUGAGUGAUGGAAAAUAAUUGUCUCCCUUUUCUUGCCUCCUUCCUCAAACCACCUACAAGAAUUCAUGCCACAGUCAAUUUAAGAUUGUUGUUUGAAUGUCAAGGAUUAGUCAUUGAUCCAUCAUCUAUUAAUAAUUAUUCUAUAGCCUACUACACACAGCUUCCUGAUUUUUCUUGGGUGAUAGUUUUUUUUUUCUGACUUGAGGUGUGUCACUGGCUCAGUUGGAGGUAUCACUGUACUGGGGUGUGGGUGACCCAGGUUCAAGACCUAAUGGGGCAUUUUAAAAAUAGUUUGUGGUGUUUGGCUCUCCAUCGUCCAUCUACCUGGCAGACUCUUGUCAGAGACUACAAACAUUGAGAUCUUACUACUGAAUUUCUUGAACUACCAAGCAUUGUUGAACCAAAAAUGAAAAAUAAUAAUUUACUUGAUGCACAAUUGGAAUUUUGUGCUUUCCUAUUCUUUUUAGAUUAAAUUUUAAUUAAUUUGGUCUGCAGUUUGAAUAGAAAGCAGUGCAUUUAGUUAAAGACUGGAUUGAAUAGAGUCAUGUUGUGGCAUGAGUUUCAGAGUUUGUGACAAUCAAGUCUCAUAACGUACAUGAUUCGGAGUGAGCUUGCACUCUAUUUUCUGACAGGGUUGUCCUUGUUUGUUUUAAAGCUCUGGUGCCUCGAAAGAUAUGCUUCCCCCAUAUAUGCACCAAGUGUAUAAUGAGGUUCUCAGUUUCCCCAAAGUACCAGAUGUAUUGCAAUGUUCUCAGGUUUCUUUUAAACUUGGACUUCUCUGAAAGUCGAUAGUGUGCUUAGUAGUUUGGCAAUCUGAAGUAGUAAAAUUUUCCUCAGAAGACUAAAAAUGAGAUUGAUCUAGCUGUUAAUUCUGUAGACGUUAAGUUUAUGGUAUUAUAAAGCUUGUUCUUACAAAUAAAUGUAUAUACAUAUAAUGUCAUUUUGCCGUGGUGUGUUGCUAUAAUUUUAGGAAAGAAUAGGGCCUAAUGAGCAAGGGUAAUAUAAAAAUUUAGCCUAGGUUUUUAUUUUGAUACAUGAGAGUAAUAAUAAAUAAUAAAUAGCAUUUGUAUAGCGCAUCCCCGCUCAACAGCAGGCUCUAUAGAUGCGCUUUACACUAUAUUAUGUAGAUGUAUUUUUAACCUUUUAAAUAUGCCAAAUUGGGGGUGUUUUUGGUAAUUUUUUGGGGUUAAUGUUGAAGAAGGUAAACAAAGGCUACAAAGCUUGUCAUAUGAUUACAUAAAUAUGCCUAUUAUUUUUGCUCUAAUACCUAAUACCUAAUGUUGGAGUACUUUUACGGUUGACAGAGAUUUGAGUCCCAUUCACACCAUUCUUGGGUUUGGGUGAUCCAAUGAAUUUUCCUGUUUCUUCACCCACUCUGUCCAGUCCAUUUUCAGAUGACAUGAAAGAAAUCGCUUGUACUGAGACUGUGUUAUAAUUUGUGUUAUCGUGGAUCUCAAAUAUCUGCCUUACAUAUUUUCCUGAUUGUCCUCCCCUAUCAACGCUUAUUAAAUUUUAGUGUACUUUCAAAUGUGUAACUUAACUACCGCGGUACCCUGGUACAUUGUAACAGUUUUUUCUCCCCGUCGUACAUUAUAAAGUAUUACAAUGUCAUCCUUCUUUGGGACACACAGGGCACAACGUCAUCUUUCCUCAUGAGUUAUAUUUAUGGUAUGUCAUCUUUCUUUAAGACACUGGAGGCACUGUGCCAUCUUUCCUUGGGACACUAGAGAUACAAUGUCAUCUGCACUUUUUUGUCAUACACACUAGAGAAUGUUUUCUUUCCAUGGGAUACUAGAGGUGCAGUGCCGUCUUUCCUUGAGACUAGAGAUACAAUGUCCUUCUUUCCUUCUUUUUCAUACACACUAGAGAAUGCCAUUUUUCCUUGGGACACUAAGCCUUGAGAUACAAUAUUAUGAUCUUUUUAUCUUUGUUAUUCACUUGAGAAUGCCAUCUUUCUAUGGGUCAUCAGUACUAGAAGUACAAGACAAUUUCAUCUUUCCUUAGGACACAAGGUACAAUGUCAUGUCUCAUUCAUACGCUAGGUACAAUCACAGUGUCCUCUCUCCUUGGGUCACUAAAUACAAUGUCCCCUCUCCUUGGGUCACUAGGUACAAUGCUGUCUCUUCUUAGGUCACUACUAAAGGUACAAUGUCAUCUUUCUACGCUGGGCACAUGUACAAUAUUGAAAUGCCAUUACCCGUAUUGAAGUCAGUGAAAUUCAGUUAGACUGAUAAAUGGUUUCAAGAGGGUCAGAAUUACGAAAUUAUGAAAGAGGCUUUACAUGUUUUAUGCAAUUUCUUUACAUAUAUUGGGUCUGAACUGUAUUUGUCUGAAACUCAUGAAAGACAGUGGAAAACCGUAUCAUAAAAACAACUUUACGAAACACUUAAAACAUGUGGUACAUAAUCUGUGGGGGUUCUCAUGGCCUAGAGGUUAAGGUGUGCGCCUCUCAUUCAAUAGGUCGAAUCCAGAUA